UAUGCUAUAAUGGAAGGACGCAGUGCCGAAAAUUAUAUAGAUGUUUUGGACGCAGUCGUAAAUGUUAUAAAAAUAAAACCUGACACAGCAAUAUCAGACUUUGAAAGAGCAGAAAGAAAAGCGUUACGAACAGUUUUCCCCAGUGCUAAAAUCAUCGGCAGUUUCUUCCAUUACAGUCAGGCAUUAGUACAUAAUGCCGACAAAUUUGGUAUACUUAAAGGCGACGACAAAGAAUUGGGUUGGGGUGCAACCAAAUUGUUAGUAUCCCUAGCUUUUUUACCCAAAAACUUAAUAGAAGAAGGCUUCCAAAUAAUAUCCAAAAUUAUUUUCAAAAAUUACAAGUAUUUGGAUUCAUUUUUUAAUUAUUAUAAAGAGACAUGGUUAAAUGGCUUUAAGUCCGAUUCGUUCUCUGUUUUUCAACAAUUACAUAAAACAAACAAUAUAUCUGAAAGACAUAAUCGGGAACUACGAGAGACUCUAAGAAAACACUCAACAAUUGUGGAAUUUUUAGGUAUAUAUUGUGAAUGCCCCAUUGCAAACAUUUUAUUACUGUUCAUAAAAUGCGAUAUAUAUUAUUUACAGCUUACCUGACUGAGCACCAAAAACGUAUUCGGAGCAUCAUGAGGCAUCCAACAUUCUGGGCAAGAGGGAAGCGAAAUAUUUUAAAACAAAAAGAGGAUAUCUUAGAAAACAUUUGGAAAGAAAUAACAACCAGUGAAAAUGUAGAUUUAUUAUUAAUUUUAAAUAAAUUAUCAGAACUAGUAGGAAAA